CCAAUGAUGCAGAAUAAGUGGCAUACUUAUAUUACUAAGUUUCACUUCACCAAUACUAGAAUAAAUCAUUACAGAUGUCAUAUACUCCAACUACCAAUUACUAAACAAGCUCUUAUGCACCUUUUUUUUCUAGAAGCCAGAUGCUUUACUGAAAGUAAAGUGAUUUCUUUUUUCCUCAUUAUUAAUAAGCAUUAUCCUUUUUUAAGCACUGUGAUGAUCCAAGAAAGGAUCAGAAUCUGCUUCCUGGCACUUCGCAGUAAUUAGACUGAUAAAAGCAAACCAUAUCAAAAAUAUUUUGCAACUGCAUGUUGACUUUUAAGGGUCAAAACCCAUUUACACUUUUCACAACUCAAACAACAAGGUGCCCCACACACACACAAGUUGCACAUGUUUUUGUUAAAGACUAAAUCGAACCUUGUAGUUUUCAGUACAAAACAUGCAGUUUUCAUGUUUAGAUAUGUUUUUGAACAAUCGAUAGAUCCAAAUCUCCAAAUUACAUCCAAAGCUUGAUUGGAGAAACCAUGUUUAAAUAGCAAAGGUUAAUGAAGAUGCUGAAAUAUGAGAAACACAAAACGUAAGAGAUCGUGAGAACCAUUGGAAGAUAUCAAAACAUGUUAGAUUGGAUUAGUCAAUGUUUAAAAGUUUUGCUUCACAAUGAGGUGCUAAAGACUACAAUUUGACCUGAAUAUCUUUUAGUGUGGCAAACAUGAAAGUUCUUAGAACUUAUUGUACAUACAUAUAGGUAGAUAUACUACUUCUAUAGGUUUAUAAUUAUUUAUGUCUUUUUAUUUUGUACUUUAUUGUUUUUUUUUUCCUGCAUUUUUUUAAAUCUAUUAUAAGACCUGGAAUGACCUCUGACCUUGGGACUGGUUGUUGGCCAGCUCGCAAUGGCUAUAAUCUAGCGGUUGGGAUCUGGCUCAGCAACUAGAUCUCCAUCCUUUGUUGCAUACAUAGGAAGGAUUACUCCUUGUAAGUCUAUGUUUUUUUGAACAUUUUUAACAAUACAAUUUAUCUUUUAUUAAUGUGAUUUGUGCCUUAAUGCACGUUCCAUGAGAAUUCAUGAGUGUUCUUGGUGGUUUACCUUUAGCGCCACUUAUUUGGCUAGUUUCAACUUUCAAGCCCACUUGGGCACACUUUUUAAUAUCUUGUUAAACUUGUUAGGCGGAAACUAGGCAAUGACUAGAGCUUAGAGUUUAGGUGUGCCUAGGUUGGAUUAGGCACUGUAACAGAUACAUACAUACACACGCACACAUGCACGCGCGCACACACACACACAUAAACUAACAAAAUGCAACACUAAAUAUAAUUAUAUCAUCACAUAUAUAAACACAAAGCCACAUAAAAAUGUUAAAAUAAUACAGAAUUGUUUAAAAUUUUAAAUAUGUAUGUACACAUGCAGUCACGUGAAAUAUGCAUAUACAAAGGGAAUGGCAAAAGCAUAAGCUGUAUCACAGGGGGUUAGAGGAACCUCAAGAGCCUGAGCAGGACUAGGUUUAUUAAGUGGGGGCCCCAGAAACAGACAAAACAAUAAAAUGCAAUAUUAUUUGUUAAAAUUAACAAUGGAAUUAGAGCGGUCCUCAAUAAAAAACCAUGCACCCAUCAACUUAUAACAAUGAAAUAAUUAAAAUAUGCAGUAACACAAACACAUUAAACAUUUCAUAAUGUUCUAAGUUCUAACGAAACAUAAUGAAAAGUUAGAUCAAAUUUAAUGAAGUUAAAGGAUUAAAGUUUACAAGUUAUAUAGCACAAACCUACAAAAAAGCCUCACAACUGACGAGUAUAUACUACUUUGCAAUGUGCAAUGCCAAAGAGACUAAGCGAAGGAAAUUUAGGUUUGUCAAAGAGAUGGAAAUGUCCAGUUUCAAAUGCAAGAAACAUCAUUCAAUUUGUAGUUCUAAUUCAAGAGUUAUUACUAGAACAACACAAACUGUUUCUGACAACAGCAGAUCUGUGGUCCUGAAACUAAUCUUAGUUGUCAAUAAUUUCAUAACUGUAUUUUAGUCUAACAUACCACAAUAUAUAUGUUCCUCAAAUAGCCAGCAAUAUGUUCCUCAAAUAGCCAGCAUGCCUACUUCCCAUAUCAACAAACAGAAAGGGGAUUUGAGCUGUAGGGUUUGAAGAUGAAGCCUCAUUUCUGAAACUGAGUUGGACUAUGAACAGAAAACAUAGAAUCACUUGAAGUCUUCAUUUUGACCCGAGUUGCCAGGUCAAUCAGGAGCUGAAAGACACGUAAAGGUGCACACAGAUAACACAGAAUCAUCUCUAAGAAGCAGAUUGAGAAUCUGAUCCCUGGUUGGAUAGCUAUGACAAAAAUGUCACAAUGUGUUGAUCUGGCAAGCAGGAAAACUGAAAUCACUUGAAUUUCUAAAUGGGGUCUGGAUUGUGGAGCAAUCCAGUGACCUAAUUGGAAGCAUAUGACACUAAAACAACAUAUGGACUUCUGAGAUUAAAUCAGAUGAAAUAUGUGAUUGUGAAGUAUGAUAACAAACCUAACGUGAAAAUGAGGUAAUAGCUAAGUAAUUAGCAUGAAUCCUUCUUUCAUGAGAGAAAUGUACUCCUCUAAAGGUGGAAACAUGUAAUACUAGUAAAAUGGAUUGCGUAGCAAAGUAUGACAUCAAUGUGUAACAUGAAAAGACUUGGAGACUAAUUUGGAUCCAAAUGAACUUUAAGAUAGGUACUAAUGAAAGUUUAGCUAAGGGUAAACCAGUUGUAGAAAUGAAAUAUCAUCUCAAAUCCAACAAUUCAAAUCUCUUCUCCUUUUAUUGGAAUAAAACCGAUGUUCCAAUACCAGACACACACACACACAAGACAGUCCAAAUCUGAAAAUAGGCAGACAACACAAACCAGUUUCUGUACCGUGAGUCUAUUGUACUCAGAAACAGUUUGUAUUGUUUUCACAUUAUAUCUCGAACAAAAAAUUUGUAUUUCUUGCUGUGGAUAUUUGACAUCCUUGGCUUUCCAACAAAAUAUCAUUUGCCUCAAAAUGAUACCAAAACGAGGGGUAUAUGCCAACAGGAAGUUAAGGAUAGAACUGCAGGACCAACUGCAAACUGAACUAGUCCCAAGUUCUUAUAAUUUAAAUCUGAGAAUUCACAUUGCUGAAUACCUAAUCAUAGUAUUUAUCAUGGAUGCGGAAGGUCAUAACGAAAUAUAGCAGUAAGUAUGAAAAAAUACAAAACACAAGAUCUAAAAAAGUAGUCCUCUAUCCCCACGGGUCUAUCUUCUCCAUUCAUCAUCAGGUGUUUAACACCACACUUAAACAAGGUCAGCGUAGAGCUUAUAAUAAUUACAAUCCAUCAAAAUCAGAAUCUAAUCACCACGAUUUUGAAAUCUCUCCUAGAGGUCAGGUCGUCUCCUAGUAUGGGCCUUUCCCCCCUUUGAUCAAGUUUCUUCACACCAUUACAAAUAAAAACAUGAUUAACUACUCGAACAAAUGUCUUGGGCUUCUUUUCUUUCUCCAUCUUCUCCUACUCUUCUUCCUUUCUUCUUCACUUUUACUUUUGCUCUGUCUCCCUCCUUCGGGUGAUAUGGACAGCACCUCCUCAAAUGGGGAGGUCCAUCUCCCCAUUGAAACCUAUAUAGAGGGUGAGGAAAGAGAAGAGAACACAUGGCCUUGUGGUUGUGGGUACUGCACACCAAUCAAUUUUCAAUUUUUCCCCAAAUGCAUAGACAUAGAAGUUGGCCUUCAUUUUAGGAUUCCAUGAAGAGCAAAUUCUUUACUCAAUCCCUUUCAACUUCCUUCCAUGAGAGUAAAUGAAAGUUCAUGGCCAAUGAACUAAUUUAGGUAUUGACUUCUUUUUCUUUGAAUUUGAAUUUUAUGUACUUAUCCAAACUUGGUACGUGAUCCAAUUCCAUCAAUUUAAUUCAUUUGGCUUCUUUGACAGGAGUUGGUAACAAUGGCAAUUGACUUUUCAUUUAGGCCAUUUUCUUCUUUCUAUGUCUAUUCAAGAUACUUCAAAAAUUCCAUAGUUCCUCAUAAAUUCUGAUAAACCAUAUUUUAUUCUCAACGUCAUUAAACUAUCAUUGUUUUAUCCAAAACACCCUUUACUUAAUUUAGUUCUUCUUUCAAUCUUACUAGAUCCUCAUAUUUCUUCAUAAUUUGGUAAAUUGGAUACUGUUCAUCAAAAGUAGCAAAUUUGUUUUCAUUAAGAAUCAUGUCAAUACAUGGUAUUACAUACUCAUCCCACUUAAAAUAUAUUUCAUCCUCAAAUUUGAUAUAUCAGUGCAUAUUAAAUAACUGCUGUACCUUUUGCACUGUGGCCCUUGGCUCCCAUGUGCAUUCUUUGAUCCAAUUAUCUUUGAAUUAUGAAAUGAUCUUGAUCCACUUCAUCGAGAUUAGCAGAGGUUUCUCUCAAGACAUAUCUUCUUAUAUGCCAAUACUCAAUAUCAUCAAAUUCAAUCAAAGACCAAGUUGGUUCUAAUAGUUUUGAGCACUUUGAUGUACUGGAUUUGUGGGAAUUUGCCAGUUGCCACCAUAUUCCAGAAGGAGGAACUUGAAUAUUUCAACAUUGAAAAGUAGAAGAACAUGAUGAUGAGAAGCCUGUAUAUGUCAGGGAGGAUGUUGAAUUUGAAGGAGAUAAUGGAAAAUUGAAAAUAAAGAUGGAGAUGAUGAAUUAUCAUAUUUUCAUUUUGUCAUUUGCAUUUAACAAAUUUAUUUUGUGAUGUAUAACAGCAUAAGAGCUAAAUUUAUUUAUUGAUUGGUUAUAACUUUAUGUGACUUAUGCAUAUCAAUCCUAUGAAUGUUUAAUCCUAUAUUUACGUGUGAUAUGCUUUCACGAAAAACAAACAUAAUAAACAUAAUUUUUUAUCCUUUCUAACUUUUUUAACUUUUCCUAUUUCAUCUAAUUUUUUGAAUUUUUUAACAUUAAAAUAAAUUAAUAGUUGUUUAUGUUGUGUUACAUAUCUAUCUAUUGGCCCAACUGAUACAGGUUAAGUUACAUGCCAUACACCACUGAUGUCUGGUGAUCUCCAAUGGCAAAGGAGAGGACAAUUCUUUUGACCUUUAGAAAUUUAUCUAUGUCUAGUUCCUAGUUCACUUGGGGCCAAAUUAGUCCCCAAGGUCAUCUCCCUUCAUCCAUGAUGUUACUUAUUUAGUGAGUCCAUUUAACCUAGAAGUGCACAUAUAUAUAUAGAGAGAGAGAGAGACAGACAGACAGAGAGAGGGGAGGAGAGACAGAGAGAGAUACUAGGGUGCACUUGGCCUACCUAUGGUCCUGGAUGCAUAUUAUGAAAAACAUAGAUAAUGUAUUAUUGCAAUCACAUGCAUUCAGCAUUCGGUCUGUUUGAAAUGAUAUCUUUAGAUCGUACUGUUUUGUCAUGAAAACAUGAAUUUUUCCAGUCUUAAAAGAAUGGCAGUAUGGCAUGGUAUUUAAGAUCAGAAUAUAUCUAAACUUAUGUCAAAUUACUAUGAUCCAAAAAAUUUUCCCACUAAAAUAUGUGUACAUUGUACAUCAUAUCUAAAAAUCUAGAUGGAAAAAAAAAAUUAUUAUUUAUGAAAAACAAAGUUUUUAUUAAGUGGGAUUAUGUGCACCUUGUCAUUUUUAUCUGUGAUGUUUGUGUAUACACCUCUUUUUCUUUGUGUCUUCUAACUUUUUGUGUAGUGAAUUGUAUUUUCUUCCCAAACGAGCGAAACCCACUUGUACUCUUGAUGCAUUUAUUUAACAUUUAGAUUCCUUGGAAUGGCAUCUAUGAGGUCAUAUUCUUUAAAUCAUAUAUUUUAUAUCCAUGUGUUCAGAUUAAGAAACACACACACACACAUAUAUAUAUAAGUUGUUCAUGAAUACAAACAGUGGAAUCCAUAAUUUUGCACACACAUGCAGGUGGAAGUAAACAUAAAGGGAGAUCAGUAAACAAAAUAUGUAAUUAAACUUUUCAUGAAUAAUUAUAACAUGCAUAAUUGAGAAAAACAUUUCCACCUAUAAAACAGUAAAAACCCAUUAAAUGCUGAAAACCAAUGUUAUCUGUAUCGUACGAUACGGACGCGUAUCGUACGAUACGUAUCGUCCGUAUCAACGUUUUCGAUACGUUACACCUAUUAAAUAUGAUACGCGUAUGUAUCGUACGCGUAUCGCACGUAUCGUGCGAUACGGUAGGCGUAUCGCACGAUACGUGCGAUACACCCCCGUAUCGCACGAUACGGGAGUAAAAUUAAAAAAGGGGCCGUCGGGCCCCUUUUUGCUUCUUAUUUUAAAACCGACGCUCCUCUUUCUCUCUCUUCUUGUUUCUCAACGCUGCCAGAGACGUGGGAGGGAGAGAUUUUCUCCAUUGCAUCAAGAUUUGCCGGUGAAGAAGCUUCAUUUCUCGUUGUGGGGAGUGUUGGGACAGUGGGAAGCUUGGAGAAAGAGGGUUUUUUGGUUUUUAACACCAAGAAGGUAAGAAAUAACUCAUUUUUGCCGUUGAAUCGUUCAUUUCUCUUAUUUCCUACAUUUAUUUGUAUGUUUUUACUUGUUUUGUGAAGAUAUAAUGUCGGAUCCUGCAUGGCAGUGGUGUACAAGGGUGAAUCCCAAAGAUAGAUUAAGAGUUAAGUGCAAUUAUUGUAAGCAAAUCAUAUCAGGAGGGAUUUCUCGCUUUAAACACCAUAUAGCUGGUACACACAGCGAUGUGGCUGCUUGCAAUGGCUCCCAAGAGAUACCAUUGCCAGCGUAUGUAAAGCACCAGUGUCAGCAGCUUCUUGAUGCAGUGAAAGCAAGUAGGAUUGAAAAGGACAUGGAAGAUGCGGAGGAAGGAUAUGGGGACCCACAUGAAGGGGAAGAAAGUGAAGGUGAAGAUGUUCAACUUGAACAAGAAGAUGUUGGUGUCAGUUUGGGAACAACUAAAGGGAAAGGCAUCAUGCAUGGAGGUGGUUCUUCUGCAACUGCAACCAGAAAAAGAAGAGGUGCAAGUAUAAGUUCAGUUUCACGAGGACGUGGCAGAAGUCAGGGUCGUACUGGUGGUGGUAGAGUACCUACUAUGAAGUCGAGCAAUAUGUCUGGUUCGAUCAAGAAUUUUUUUCCCAAUUAUACUGCUGCUGGUGCUCAGCCUGAGAUUCGUAUAGCCAAAAAGGAUAUUAUUGAAGCAGCAGAUGAAACCAUAGGAAGGUGGUUCUAUGAUGCAUCCAUUCCCUUCAAUGCAGCAAACUCUUAUCAUUAUCAGCCUAUAGCAGAUGCGAUUGCUAGUGUAGGGCGAGGGUAUAAAAUGCCCUCUUUUCAUAAAUUGCGAGGAUGCAGUGUAAUGGCAGAUGGGUGGACAGACAUCAAGAACAGAACAUUGGUAAACUCCCUUGUAUAUUGCCCCCUUGGUACUAUGUUCUUAAAAUCUGUUGAUUUGUCUGAUACUCCUAAGACUGCUGAUGUGUUGUUUGGGAUUUUUGAUAAAGUUAUAGAAGAAGUUGGGCCUGAAAAUGUCGUAAAAUUUAUCACUGAUAAUGCAGCAAAUUAUAAAGCUGCAGGUGAAAUGUUAGCAGCACGAUAUGGGACAUUUUAUUGGAGUCCAUGUGCUGCUCACUGUGUAAAUCUUAUGCUUCAGGAUCUUGGUGAAAGAGAUGAUAUGAAGUUGACAGUUCAUAGAUGCCAAGAAAUCACGAAGUUUAUUUACAAUCAUGCUUAUGUCUUGAAUGUGAUGAGGAAAUUCACAAAUGGGGCUGAAUUAAUUCGACCUGCACAAACACGGUUUGCUACAAAUGUUUUGAAUGUGCAGGGUAUAGUCAAGCAAAGAUCUUCUCUCAGGCAGAUGUUUUCAAGUGAUGAUUGGGCUGCAUAUCCACAUGCCUAUAAAAGAAAGGCUACGACAGUUGUGGAUACCAUCUUCGAUGCUGACUUUUGGGAAUCAUGUGUCCACUUAUUGAAGAUUUGUGUACCUCUAGUGAAAGUCCUCAGAUUAGUUGAUAGGAAGAUAGACCUUCUAUUGGAUAUUUAUACGAGUCUAUGGAUAGAGCCAAGGAGGCCAUUAGAGAUAAUAUGAAGGGAAAAAAGAAGUUGUACAUGCUUAUAUGGAAGAUUAUAGAUGAAAGGUGGUCUGGACAACUUCAUCGCCCACUUCAUGCAGCAGCCUACUACCUAAAUCCUGCUAUUAGAUUUCUUCCCACUUUUAAGACGGACAGAGAGGUCGAGUAUGGCAUGUUGGAUUGCAUUGAUGUAUUAGUAAGUGAUAGUAAAGAACAAGACGCUAUCCAUAUGUCGAUCAACAAAUAUGAUACGGCUUCUGGUACCAUGGCGAGAGACACAGCAGUUCGAUGCAGGACAACUAUGCGUCCAGGUAUUAGAAAAAGAGACUUUAUACUUUUUGUUGUUUAGCUUUUAUUCUACCUUCUCAUAUAUUUAUUUUUGACAACAUUUUUACUUUUCAUCUGUUAUUAGAUUUGUGGUGGGAAAGGUUUGGGCCUGAUUGCCCAGAAUUAAGGAAGCUUGCAAUUAGAAUCCUCAGUCAAACAUGUAGUGCAACUGGAUGUGAAAGAAAUUGGAGUGUAUUUCAGCACAUCCAUAGUAAGGAGGAAUAGGCUAGAACAUAAAAGGUUGAAUGACCUUGUUUACGUUCGUUAUAAUAUGAAGUUGAGACAAAGGUAAACAUUUGUUUUGUUAUACAAGAAUAUCAAAUUCUAAUAUACAUUUUAAUCUCUAACAAUUUGUUAAUUUUUUCUCUUGUUAGGCAACUAGAAACAACAUCUACGAGGAAGCAUCACAAUCAAUAUGAUCCCAUCUUCAUUGACCAUUUUGAUAUAUUAGAUUCCUGGGUUGAAGAAGAACCAGCUGCAAUACUUGAUGAGGACGAUCUUGAUUUUUUGAAUGUUGAAGGAGCAGCAGAGAUUGUUGAAGAAGGAGAGGCUGGGGGGGAGCAAUGGAAUGUUGGUGACAUUCCAUUUGCAACAGAGGGGAAAGAAGAAGAAGUUAAUGAAGAAAAUGAAGAUGAUGAUGAAGAAUGAAGAUGAUGAUGCAAAUGACGAUUGACGAUGCUUUUUGUUUUGAGUUUUGAAAACUAUGUCAAUAUGUUCUGAGUUUUGACUUCUGAAUUUAUGAAUUGUGAUGUAAUUGAAUACUCUUAGGUUGUUUAGUAUGUUAUUUUGUUUUUUGAAUGUUUGAUUUCUUAUUUUGAAAUGUCCUGUUCAUAUGCAUACUUCACAGGUCAUACUUCAUAUACAUGAAUGAUUAAUGUUCCUUUAAAUACAUUUUUCUUGAAUUUUUCUGAUUUUUACUAGUUUUUUCGGAUUUCUUUAGAAUUUUUCUGAUUUUUUUUCUAUUUUUUAUAAAUUUUUAAUAUUUUUUACAAAUUAAAAAAUUAAUUUUACGAUACGUUACGAUACAUUUACGAUACAUUACGAUACGGCGUAUAGGUCGGCCCGACCGAUACACGAUACGAUACGGCAGUGAUAACAUUGCUGAAAACUAUAAAAGGACACAUCUGAAAGACAUUCAUGCAUCCAAGAGAACAGAUAGGUGCCAACGGCCCUAUGUUUUCAUGGAGAAAUAUCCCAAAUCAUAGAUCCCAUGUCAAAUCAAAG